AUGAAUGCGGUUCUUAUUCGAGAAAUUUUCGACCCUUUCACUGCUGCACACAUUUGUUCUAUUCCUAUCCCAAAAGCCAAAGUUGGUGAUAAGUUGGUCUGGACCUUGACUGCUCACGGAAAUUACACAUCUCAGUCAUUUCAGAAACUCUUGUAUGAGUGCAGUGGGGAGUCGUCUUAUCUCAAUGAUAACUCAUUUCCAUGGCGUAAGUUUUGGGGUAUAAAAAAGCUUCCUCCUAAGGUGCAUAUGUUUAUUUGGCGUGUACUUCAUAAUGGUCUGGGAACUUUGCACAAACUUGGAAGAAUCAUCGAUGGAAUCCCUGUGGAAUGUCAACUUUGCGGUAAUAAUGAAGAAACCAUUGAUCAUCUUCUUACUCAUUGCCAGUUUGCUAAGGCUGUCUUGUUUGGUUCUCCGCUUAACUUUAGAGGUCUUGCGGAUCCUUCCUCUACUACUAAGCAGUGCAUAUUGUCUUGGCUCGACGCUCAUGAUGAUGGCUAUUCGGUGUGUCUUGGUGCCUGCCUGCUUUGGGCAAUAUGGAAGGCUAGGAAUAAGCUUCAUUUUGACAACAUUAAGCCUCAUAUACCCUCUGUUAUCAAUGAUGCAGUCCAUUGGUUCACCAUGUACUACUUUGCUGAAGAGGACGCCGGUAAUUCUGCUCUCGAUAUUGUCGUUAAUAAUUAUGCUCAAAGCACCUGGUGUACUCCGCCUGAAGGUACAGUUAAGAUUAAUGUGGACGCUGCUGUGGGUUUGAAUAAGACAUCUGCUGCAGCUGUUGCUAGAACCCAUGAUGGUCAGUUUGUUGCGGCUUCUACUAAAAUUUCUGAAUAUUUCCAUCCCCUAGUGGCUGAAGCCAAGGGAUUUCUUCUUGGUUUGCAACUUGCUCGGAGUAUUCAACGACACAUCAUUAUUGAAGGGGAUUGUCUCAACGUGGUCAACGUGCUAAACAAUGUUUCUUCUUUCACGCCCUGGAGAAUCAGAUAUUUGGUGGAAGAUAUUAUCCAUCUGGCAAGACACUUCAGUUCAGUCAACUACAAAUUCGUGAAGAGAGGAGCUAAUGAUGCAGCUCAUAAUCUCGCCUCUUAUGCUUUAGAGCAUAAUGUCCAACAAGAAUGGACAUCUUCUCAAAUCCCUGCUUGUAUUUCUUCUUGUAUCUCAGCAGAGCUAGUGAAUCACUAG